UCGCUACCAUUGCUCUUUUUGGACUUCCAAGCCUGAACAACUCUUCGUUAUCAUUUACCCUGUAGUUGUGCAAAAGACACGUAUUCUAUCGGAGAAAGAUAAGAAGACAACUAUUUCUGAAUGCGUGGGUUAGCUGUUUUCCAAAUAAAUGACAAUGAAGAUCUGCAUAGGAUUCUUGCUUUUCUUGGUUGGUGUUCCAUUUGGGCACUGUGGAAUCAAGCAGGAUCUUAUUCCAGCAGCCGUCGCCUAUUUCGAAGACCUCGAUGAAAAUUCAUCAUUAUGUCAAGAAGUCGCUUCGACAUUUUUAACUCACCUACUAGAAAAUGGAUUAGACGCCUGGGAUAAAGCCACGCAGAAGGCUGUGCUUCGUUUCAAAGAAGUUCACGACUCUGUCAAGUUGAAAUCAGGGUCGGAGGCUUGUACAUCAGCCAAAGAUAAAUUCCAAGAAGUUAUGGAUAACCCAAAGCUAGGCGAUGUGAUUUUGGAAUCCCUCCAUGCAUUUGUUGAAAGCACUUCAGAUUUUGAACCGUGUUCAUUCGGGAUCAAACAAUUUUUACUCAGCAUCCAGGAACAUGGACCAGAGGUUUAUUCGGAUGAGGAACAAUUUGAGAAAAUCUUCUCCGCUGCAAGUCAGCAAUUCAUCAUGACCUCAAUGGAACCAACAGCUUUGUACACGAAACGUUGUAGCAAUGGCGGGAUGUUGGUCCACAAGAUUUUCUCAGACGUUAUAACCAGGACAAUGAAAAUCCCCGACGCCAAAACUGAAUUGUAAAUCUCCUAAUUCGAAAAAUACAGACCGCUCAAAAAGAACUAAUAAACCUUAAACACCG